CGACGUCGUCAUUUUGGUCGCCUCCAGGCUGACAGGCUCUAUCUUCAUCCUCCCAAGAUGACUAUUCAAACCUCAGUGAAAAACCCUCAUUCGAAUUUGUGGCGGCAGAAUUAAUAAUUCUAAUUUCUCUUUCCUCAACUCACGAAAUCUAUAAGAUCGGUCGCAGUUUCAACCCUAGUUGCCUUUUCGAUUGUGACUAAAUGGCGGAAAAAGAAGGAGAAAAACAGGAGAUCGAGGAGCAGUUGGAGCUCGCCAUUUGCGCUCGCCUUCAGCAUUUCAAAGACCAGGCUGAUUCAUUGACGAUGGAAUCUGUAAGGAGACUCCUAGAGAAGGAUUUGGGACUUGAGAAACUUGCGCUGGAUGCACACAAGAGAUUCAUUCGGCAGUACUUGGAAAAGAAAAUAAGUGAUGGCGAUGAAUGCAAAUCUGAAACACCUACUGAAGAUGCCGACAACGAUAUCAGUAAAGCAACAGUGUUACCCAACCAGCAUGAGAAAACAAUAACUCCAAAAACGUCUAGCAAUGGAGAUGAGGAAACAAAUGAAGGCUCCCCUAUAAUGGGUGUCUUAAGCCCAAAAUCUGAAGUUGCUACUCCGGGGUCAUCUAUAAGUGAGGACAGUAUCAAGAAGGCAAUUUUGGAAAGGGCUGAUCACUUUGAAUCUAAUUCUGGGAACAUAACUUUGGCAGGAGUUCGCCGACUUCUAGAGCAGGAUCUUGGACUAGAGAAAAACGCACUUGACCCUUUCAAAAAGUUUAUAGGUCAACAAAUAGAUCAGGUACUCAAUCCACCUAAGCAAGCUAAAUCUGUGAAAGAUGUCAAUAAGAAAGUCUCUGGUAACUCAAAAGUUAAAAAGUCAGUAACUGUCAGCAGUGAAGAAGAGUCCGACUCUUCAGACAGUGAAAGUGAUGAGAUGGAAGUUAAAGCACGGCCGAAAAAGGAAGCUGAUUUUAAAGGAAAAACUAAGAAAGUGGAACAGUCGAAGAAACGGAAAUUAUCUAAGGAGAGUGAUCAUAGUGUUUCUGGAAAAAAGCAGAUCAAGGUUGCAAAGAGGAAAACCGAAGAAGAAAAUAAUAGCGAUGAGGAUGGAAGCCUGUCUGAAGACAGUCAAUCUCGAUCAUCUGUGGAAAGAAGAUCAGUACAGAGGAAAGAAAAGGCAGCUUCUGGAUAUGGCAAAAAGGUGGAGAAUCUGAAGUCAAUAAUCAAGGCGUGUGGAAUGAGUGUUGCUCCGUCAGUCUACAAGAAAGCUAAACAAGUACCAGAGGAAGAACGUGAAGGCUUUAUAGUGAAGGAAUUAGAAGGUAUCCUCACAAGAGAAGGGUUAUCCAAGAAUCCUACUGAGAAAGAAAUCAAGGACUGUAAAAAGAGAAAGGACAGAGCCAAAGAGCUUGAAGGCAUUGACACGAGCAACAUUAUAUCCAGCUCACGAAGAAGGUCAACUUUUAGUUUCACGCCUCCUUUAGACUAUGUUUUGACCAUCGAGCCAAGUGUUAGCUCGGUCUCAAUCAGGUCAUAA